UGAGGUUUGUUGUGCAUGUCCGCGUAAAAAAAAAAACGUUAAAGCGUGAGCAAAAGUAAAAUUUAAGGCUUGAGGAGAAUUUCUUUUUAAUAAAACAAAGUGAAUAAUUUAAUCAUAAAAUAGCAAUAAACAUAAAAAUAAUAACAACCACAACUACUCGACAAUUUUCGCUAUUGCUGUGUUAUCGGGAAAAUCGAGUGAUGAUGGCGACGUUCAUGCUAGUGCUGAUAAUGAAGAUUAUGAUGUAGUGCUAAUCGAAGUAAACGAAAAGUAAACGUUUAACUACCCAUGCUCUACUACAUACCCAUGAAAAUUCCAAAAGUAUUUAAAUCGAUUUAAGAAGUAAAGAGAAACGAAAAUCUCGCAACAAAUCAAAGAGGGAAAUUAAAGCAAUAUUUUAAUCACUUGUCUACUACAAAAAGUCGUCCUUGCCACUACCACAAUAAUUGUGCUAACAAAACUCGCCAAUAAAUUAAAACAAAAACUGACACUCACACUUACACUAGCACUAACAUUGACACACCGAAAUAAAUACAACAAAAACAAAAGAACAAAAAUCUCGGAAAUUUAUUUUUGAUUUUGAUCACAAACCAAAAAAAAAACACAAACAAACAAAGAAAAUACAGAGCCAGAAACAAAAGUGUGUCAAAAGUGUGCGUCUGCGGUGUGUUGCUGUUGCUGUUGCUAUUCCUCUUGCCAGUCCAUUCGCAACGGCUUUGAAUUUGUCGCCGCACUCGUCUUGGUGUGUUGUUGCUCGCUGUCUCUCUUGUUAGUCGGUCUGUCUGUGUGAGUGUGCCUUCACACAUAUAGAAAUAUAUGCCCAUUGAGUGCCUUAUAUCCUUCGAUAACAAUACUCAAGGUGUCUAUUAUGCUGGCCAGGAAUUAUCGGGUGUUGUUGAUCUCACUGUUGAUACAACAAAACGUAUUAAAGCCAUACACAUCACCGUCAAUGGUUAUGCCAAGAUACGCUGGAUAAAGAAGGGAUAUCCACGCGACAGUGAGCGGGCCAUGUGUCGAGCCUAUCGUUCGUAUUUGUCAUCACGCUCCUAUGUGCUGGGAUCAUGUGGUGUCAACUCCUAUCUGGAUUGGAUGGCUGGUGAAUAUUCAUACACAUUCCAUGUUAUACUGCCGGAAAAUUUACCAACCUCCUUCGAUGGCAAAUAUGGACAGAUACACUAUGAGAUCAUAACGACCAUUGAUAGGCCGGGUCGUUAUCCCAAAGUUUUCAAAUUGCCUUUUACGGUGAUACAUCCAGUAGACUUAAACAGUGAUGCCAUAUAUAGGGUUCCCUUAGAGAUAUUAGAUCGUAAACGUUUCUGGAGUUUUUGCUGCCCCACUGGACCACUUACCGUUAAAUUUUCCACACCCUAUUGCGGCUAUGCGCCGGGCCAAAAAAUCCAUUUCGUUUUAUACAUUAACAAUGAGUCCUCCAUCGACAUAACCGCAUGCGAUGUGAAACUGAAGCAGGAGGUGACCUAUGAGACUCAUGAUCCGCAACAUGAGUAUCGCUAUGACAAGCAUUUGAUAGCAUCCAAGCAGUUUGGCAAUGUCUUGAGAUGGAGCCGCAAGGUGUAUCGUGGUUAUUUGGAACUGCCAUCCAUACCGCCAACAUCGGCCAAGACCUCAUGUCCCAUAACCGUCAACUAUGCCAUGAAGAUUGUGAUAAAGCCAACGGAAUUUCAUUGGAAAAUGAAACUGAAGGUUCCCGUGACCAUAGGCAGUGUGCCCAUCAUGGAUAGUUCGAGUAGUGCGGGGGUAUUGCAGGCCAACAACAACAGCAUUAUGAGGGCCGAAUCGGUGGAUGAGCCCCAGGUUAGAGCAAUGGCCAAUGAACAGUUGUUGGAUAACGAAGGCAAUGAGAAUACCACGCCCACGAUAAUGGUGACUGAUGCGGAUAAUCCUCCGGAUUACAUACAAAUGAUGCCUCCCUCCUAUGAGGAUGCCAUGGCCUUAAGCGAGAAAUUUUUCGAUGACUUGGCAUACAUGGAAAAUGUCAGCGUUUCCAGUGUGGUGACCAAUUCCAAAAACGAGAACUUUAAACCGCGCUAUCCCGUCUACUAUUACUACGAGACUCCCAUAAUACCACCCGAAACCCUUUACGAUGCCAUACCAUCACGUUACCAUCCAAUGGUGCUAGCAACGCCUAUGUCGGACAUGUCCCCCACAUCGUUAGAAUUGAGUCAUGUAAAGACAUUUGGGAAAUUCCAAAUAUUGCGUUACAUGAAGAAAUAGUUGAUGAUUGCCCCUCCCGCCCCUACUCCUCGCCCGAAUGGGGCAUCAGCUUCACCUAGCAUAUGUAUAAGCAUCGUCGCCGUCGUCGUUUAAGUCAUCGCGGUCGUCUCUUAGAGUCGUUCUUGUAUUUAAUUUUUUUUUUCGUCUCCAGUGUAUUUGUAAUAUUUCCUUAGAUAGCAACAAAAGAAAAUUUAACCUAAUAACAAUUUUACAUGAACACAAACAUACGCACUUAUUGAAUAUUAUAUGAAAUGUGAAUGUUGUACAUUAGGGUGGGUCGCGCGUUAUCAUUAACAAUUUGGCACAAAUACGUUUUUUUUUUUUGUUUUCUAAUGCAUAGAGAUAAGAUUCUAAGUAUUCUGAAAGUUAUGCGUGCGGGCAUUAAAAAAGAGAUACUAAAGACAAAUGUGUUCAUAAAAAUUAGUUACAAAUCAAAACAAUUGUCAAUAGUUGCCUGUAUGCGAUAGUGAAUACCAUCGGUUUCGAAGAACCUUGUAAAACAAAACACAAACAUUUAGAGCCUCAAUUUUAUUUUUGAACCGAAAUCUUAAAUACAAUUCACCACGAAUUUUUGUUUGAGCAAAUUGUACCAUACAUAAAUUGGGGAUAAUACCUUAAAGGUUGGCAAAAUGUAUUUACGGUAAUGAUGGAUAAUGUUAUGUGUGCAAAGUUCCAAAAAUUUUUACUAGAUGUCGUUCUCGUACUUUACUUACCAGCCGAAGAGAGCGGGAGAGUGCGAGCAAAAUUUUGACAGUUUGGUAAAUGAGAGCUUGCAAAUUUCUGCUGGAGGUUUUUUACCAGCAAAACUUUGCAGCAUCGAACAAGUGUUUAAAAUCAAGUAAAAGUGUGCUAAGUUCGGCCGGGCCGAAUCUUAUAUACCCUCCACCAUGGAUCGCAUUUGUCGAGUUCUUUCCGGCAUCUCUUCAUAGGCAAAAAAGGAUAUCAAGAUAUGGUCCGGUUUGGACCACAAUUAAAAUAUAUAUUGGAGACCUGUGUAAAAUGUUAGCCAAUUCGAGUGAGAAUUGCUCCCUUUGGGGGCUCAAGAAGUUAAAUAGAGAUAUCGAUUUAUAUGGGGGCUGUAUCAGGCUAUAGACCGAUUCAGACCAUAAUAAACACGUAUGUUGAUGGUCAAGAGAAGAUCCGUUGUACAAAAGGCAAAUCGGAUAAUAAUUGCGACCUCUAGACUCUCAAGAAGUCAAGACCCCAGUUAGGUUUAUAUGGCACCUAUAUCAGGUUAUGAACCGAUUUCAACCAUACUCAGCACAGUUGUUGGAAGUCAUAAUAAAACACCUCAUGCAAAAUUUCAGCGAAAUCGGAUAAGAAUUGUGCCCUCUAGCUCAAGAAGUCUAGAUCCCAGAUCGGUUUAUAUGGCAGCUAUAUCAAAACGUGGACCGAUAUAGCCCAUUUACAAUCCCAACCGACCUAAACUAUUAAAAAGUAUUUGUGCAAAAUUUCAAGCGGCUAGCUGGAAAAGAUACUAUCGUUAAUUUUCCAUCACCUACAUUUCAAAUCAAAAUGCGAAGUAUAAAUCGAGAGAUCGAUUUAUGCAGAAGCAAUAUCUAUGCUCAGAUCGCUCUUAUUUUGACCAAUUUUGCAAAAAACAAGUAAAAAGGCGUUAAGUUCGGCCGGGCCGAACUUUGGAUACCCACCACCUCGGGUA